AUGUAUAUAUAUAUUGUUCGUCAUGGUGAAAGUACAUAUAAUGCUAAUCCAUUAGAUGAUACAAUUGAUUGUCCAUUAACAUCAAAUGGAAUUGAACAAUCAAUUAAAUUAAAUUCUUCAUCAUAUCCUAAUUAUUAUUCUUUAAUUGUUAGUUCACCUUUACGUCGUUGUCUUGAUACAAUUAAAUUAUCAAAUAUAAGUUGUGAUCAUUUUGAAAUAAAUAAUUUAUUUCGAGAAAUUUAUGGAGGUUGUAAAUCAGAUCUUUUAUAUGAUAAUGAAACAAUUUCAAUUGAAGAUGAUCAACAAAUAAAACAAAGAAUUCAAUUGAUAAAUUAUUAUUUAUUAGAAAAAAAACAAUCAAAUAUUUCAAAUAUAUUAAUAGUAACACAUGCAGAUUUAAUUUGGAAUUUAACUUCUUAUCAGAUAAAUGGAGAAACUUUUGGAACUUGGUUAAAUAAUGCAGAAAUUUUUCAUUGGAAACAAAUUUGA